AUGGAUGGGAUCAGCGGGGGACAACAACGUCAUAAGAGACGGCGAAAGGUAAGGGAAGAGCUAAUAUCCCUACUCUUUUGUUUCUCUUAUGCGUUCUUGUCCCUCGCUAGUCUCGCCCAUGUUAAAGAUCGAGAAUGGCAUGGCCGGAGGUAUUCUUUGCUAGGUGGAAUGGAUUUGCCAAAAAAAUACAGACGGGUGAUUGUUGUGGUGGGAUUGGAGUGGAAAAAGAAGUUCCGGGAAGCCGAGAAGCAGUGCAAGAACGGACGGGAAGCAGUCUCCGUUGGGCCACCAACAGCAACAAGAGACGAAAGGCCACAGCAACUUUUCAGGAUGCCUUCAGCUAGGGAUCAGAUCGGUAAAGAUGGGAGUGCCCUGUUGUCGUAA